GCCCAGCCUGAAAAAUAUUUUUCUAUAAAUUUAGUGUAGCCUAAAUGCACAGUGCUUAUAGAGUCUACAGCAGUGUACGGUCAUGUCCAAGGCCUUCAAAUUUGUUCACCACUCACUCACUGACACACCCAGAUCAACUUUUGGUCCUGCAAGAUCCAUUUAUGGUAAGUGCCCAACACAUGUGCAACAUGUUUAUCUUUUACACUCUAUUUUUACUGUACCUCUUCUCUGUUUAGACAGUUUAGAUACACACAUUGUGUUAUAACUGCCUACAGUAUUCAGUACAGUAACAUGAUGUAAAGGUUUGUACCUUAUACGCUACAAGAAAAACAAAAAGAGAGCUCUACGGCUCUCGUCCCCGCCCUCCUGCCACCUGCAGUCGCCUCGGCCGCACCCUGCCCGGCCCUGCUUUGCGCCACCCUGAACUGUCCAGCCUGAGGGGUCAGGCGGAGAGCCGGGCCGCGCCCGUCGGCCAACUUCUCUCACUGCCACCCGCGCCGCCUAGCGAGACCUGGGGCUGGGCCGGGCCCGCCGCGGCGCAGCAGGAAGGGAGCGGCAGCCGCGGAGAACGCCCCGCCGGACCGUGUGGCUGGCGGCCCUGCCUGGGCGCGGAGGGCGACGGUGGCGGGCCCCGCGGCCUUCUUUCAGUCCGGAGCCCGGCGGAGCCCGGACCUGGCGGGGAGAGCUGCAUCCACGGCCCGGCACCCAGACCCCGCCGCCGCCGUCGCCACCACUUCAGCCCAUCCUUGGUACCGGCAAUGCCCUUUGUAUCGCCCAGUGCACUUGUGAUUGACUUGGACACGGAAUACUAAGAACUAAUUUCUCUCCGCAUCCCAGUCGCGCGGGCGGUGACCACCUCGGCUCUUUUGGGCUUAGCUGCUGCUCCUCUUGACUCUGUCCGACUUUGGGGCACCAUGGACCAAAGUGGGAUGGAGAUUCCCAUGACCCUCAUCAUUAAAGCAUCGAAUCAGAAAUACAGUGACCAGACUAUUAGCUGCUUCUUGAACUGGACCGUGGGGAAAUUAAAAACUUACCUCUCAAACGUUUACCCUAGCAAACCUUUGACGAAGGAUCAAAGAUUGGUGUAUUCGGGCAGACUGCUUCCCGAUCAUCUGCAGCUGAAAGACAUUCUCAGAAAACAAGAUGAGUAUCAUAUGGUUCAUCUAGUAUGUACUUCUCAGACUCCUCCCAGUUCUCCAAAAUCCAGCACCAAUAGAGAAAGUCGUGAAGCACUGGCAUCCAGCAGCAAUUCUAGUUCAGAUCAUUCAGGAUCAACAGCUCCAUCAUCCAGUCAAGAAACCUUGUCCUUAGCUGCCAGUUCUUCCUCGGAAGGAUUGAGGCAGCAUACCCUCCCACAAGUACAAACUGACGCAGCACAUCAUCAGUUUCCAUAUGUAAUGCAAGGAAAUGUAGACAACCAGUUUCCUGGGCAAGCUGCUCCACCUGGAUUCCCAGUGUACCCCGCAUUUAGCCCACUGCAGAUGCUGUGGUGGCAACAGAUGUAUGCUCAUCAGUAUUAUAUGCAGUAUCAAGCUGCAGUUUCAGCUCAGGCCACAUCAAAUGUCAACCCAACCCAGCCUACUGCUUCACAGCCUCUAAAUUUUGCACAUGUUCCUGGAGAAGAACCCCCACCAGCUCCAAACCUAGUGGCCCAAGAAAAUCAACCCAUGAAUGAGAAUGUUCAAAUGAAUGCACAGGGAGGCCCAGUACUAAAUGAAGAAGACAUCAAUGGAGACUGGCUAGACUGGAUGUACACGUUCUCACGAGCUGUGAUUCUCCUUGGCAUUGUAUACUUCUAUUCUUCUUUUAGUCAGUUUAUCAUGGUAAUGGGAGCCAUGCUACCGGUUUAUUUACACCAAGCUGGAUGGUUCCCUUUUAGGCAAGAAGGAGGUCAUCAGCAGGCUCCCAACAAUAAUCCUGAAGUUAACAAUGAUGGGCAAAAUGCAAACAACUUGGAACUUGAAGAAAUGAAGCGUCUUAUGGAUGAUGGGCUUGAAGAUGAGAAUGGAGAAGAUGCAGGUGAAGAUGCCAGUGCAAUUCAGAGGCCUGAAUUAAUGGCUUCAGCUUGGUCUUUCAUUACCACCUUCUUUACUUCACUAAUACCAGAGGGGCCUCCCCAGGUUGCCAAUUGACCUGAAAAACUGUGCCAGCUACAAGGAGGGUCUGACUUUAGGAAAGAGGUUUAAAUAACAGUGCAAUUUCAAAAAAAUUUAUAACUUUCUUUUGAUCAUCACGUACAGAGGUGUUUUUUUUCUUUAGGCUUCUCAUGUAUAUGAAUAUUUUAAGCACAAAUGGACUACUAAAUGUUUGGGGUUUUUUUUAAGAUCCUAACAGAACAUAGUGUAACAAUAUUGGUCUUCCAGGUAUUAUUCAUUUCAGUUUUGUGUAGUAUACCAAGCCGGACCUCUUUUCAUGUCUUAUUCUUUAAAAAGUUGCUUUAUUGGCCGGGCGACAUGGCUCACGUCUGUAAUCCCAGCACUUUGGGAGGCCAAGGUGGGUGGAUCAUCUGAGGUCAGGAGUUUGACACCAACCUGACAAACAUGGUGAAACCCCGUCUCUACUAAAAAUAUAAAAAAAUUAGCCAGGUAUGGUGGCACGUACCUGUAAUCCCAGCUAUUCAGGAGGCUUAGGCAGGAGAAUUGCUUGAAUCCAGGAGGUAGAGGUUGCAGUGAGCUGAGAUUGGGCCAUUGCACUCCAGCCUGGGCAACAGAGUGAGAUUCAAUCU